AGGGGUCAGUGCGCGGGUGCGCGCUCAGCCGGUGAGCGCGUCCCACUGAGUGACCGUCAGACGCUCCAGAAGCGUUUCCACCGGACCGGUGCAGCAGUCUAUUGCGCACCGGGUAUCGCCAGAGUGUUCCAGCACUGUUUCAACGGUGGGCUUCAGCUGUUGCCGAUGUGGUCUUGUUGAUGUUGACGAGGUGCAAGGAAUGACUGAAUACCAACAUUGAUUGUCAAUACUAACAUCUCAUUUGUGGAUUCCCUAUCUUGGUCAAAUCAUGUUCCAUCUGAUCAAAAAAGACAAAGAUGGCGCGAAAAAGGAGAAAAAGGAGAAGAAGGAAAAGAAAGAACGGAUGUCUCAGGCUGAGAUGAAGAGUUUAGAGGAAAUGAGCGUCAGGAGAGGUUUCUUCAACCUUCAUCGCAGCACUUCUAAACGGGAAUCAAAAGGGAAGCUGGAGAUUUCCAGUCCCAUCCCAAUCAAUGUGGUGAGAAGCACAGAGCUCAGCCUGACAGAUGUUGACACCGGGAAGGUCGGAUCUCAAGGUCACAUGUCUGCCGCAAGCUCUGUUAACUCUGUCAAUGACAUCAAAGGGGAGAAAGAUAGCCACCAUUCGUCAUCUAUCAAGGAAAAGUUGGCCAAACUUGGAUCCCCAGCAAAGCAAAACUCCCCAGUCGGCCAAAUCAUAAAGCGGUUUUCUUUCUCGCAAAAAAGCAAAGAGCCAAGUCCCUCCGGUUCUACCGCACCAUCAGCUCAGAACUCUGCCAAUCCCUCACCUCUCGUUGAGGUCAAACCAUUCAAUCCACAGCUCCUACAGGUAAAUGCGUUCCACCAAACUUCCCCUACUAAGAAGGUCCAGAUCCCUGAGACGGGGGAGAGAACAUUCGCAGCAGAUCUGCGCCUACCUGCUUUGGCACCUCCGCAGGUUCCCGUGCCCAGAGAGUUGGAACUUCAACGACGCAACACGGGUGAUUUUGGCUUUUCUCUCCGUCGCACGAUUGUGGUGGACCAGCAACCCGAUGGGUCGCCCUCCCGUAGGGUGGUCCACUUUGCAGAGCCCGGCACUGGGAACAAGGACCCCACUUUGGGUCUGGUGCCAGGUGACCGUCUCGUAGAGAUCAACGGACAGAACGUGGAAAGUAAAAACAGAGAUGAGAUAGUAGAGAUGAUCAGGCAGUCUGGAGAGACGGUACGUCUGAAGGUUCAGCCUAUCGUGGAGUUGAGCGAGUUAAGCCGAUGCUGGUUGAGGAACACCAGAAGCCGUGACCGGGAGAUUUGCGAGGUGAAGACAGAAGAGCAGCUUAUAGCAGAGAAGGCCUGGUACAACACUGAGAAAGUCUGGCUAGUCCAUAAAGAUGGCUUCUCUUUGGCAACACAGCUCAAGACGGAGGCAGGGUCUCUUCCAGAGGGCAAAGUGAAAAUCAGACUGGAGCAUGAUGGGACAUUGCUGGAGGUUGACGAGGAUGAUGUGGAGAAGGCGAAUCCUCUAUCGUAUGAUAGAGUGGAAGAUCUCUCCUCUCUUCUCUACCUCAACGAGUCCAGCAUCCUUCACAGCCUGCGUCAGCGCUACGGCGGAAACCUGAUUCACAGCUACGCCGGAUCCAACCUGCUGGUGAUCAACCCCCUCAGCACUCCUGCCAUGUACUCGGAGAAGGUGAUGCAGAUGUUUAAGGGAUGUCGCAGAGAAGAAACGGCUCCUCACAUCUUCGCCAUCGCCCAGUCUGCGUAUCGUCAGCUGUUGACCACCCGGCAGGACCAGACUAUCGUGAUGCUGGGGAAGAGUGGCAGUGGAAAGUCCACCAGCUGCCAGCAUCUGCUGCAGUACCUGGUCACCAUCGCUGCCGGCAGUGGAAAAGUCUAUUCAGCUGAGAAAUGGCAGUCGGUCUACACGGUCCUGGAGGCGUUCGGGAACUGCAGCACGGCCAUGAACGGGAACGCCAGUCGCUUUUCACACAUUGUUUCUCUGGACUUUGAUCAGGCGGGGCAGGUGGCCUCUGCAUCCGUUCAGACCUUGUUGCUGGAGAGGUUCAGGGUGACCAGACGACCAGAGGCGGAGUCGAGCUUCAAUGUUUUUUACUUUCUGAUGGCAGGAGCAGAUGCAUCUCUAAAGACUGAACUUCACUUCAAUCACUUUGCUGAGAACAGCGCAUUUGGGCUUCACCCUCACUCCAAGCCUGAUGACAAGCAGAAAGCCGCUCAACAGUUUACCAAGCUACAAGCAGCCAUGAAGGUCCUGGGCAUCUCCAUUGAAGAACAGAGAACAGUUUGGCUGAUUUUAGGGGCUAUAUAUCAUCUGGGUGCCGCUGGGGCCACCAAAGCGGGACGUAAGCAGUUUGCUCGGCACGAAUGGGCGCAAAAAGCUGCGUAUCUCCUGGGCUGCUCUCUGGAAGAUCUCUCGUCCGCUAUCUUUAAACCGCAGGGCAAGGGCUCCCUUCCCCGUUCAGCCAGCGUGCGGCCAAGUACAGAUGAUACGGAUAUCUCAGCAUCCAAAGCGACUGCAGCUGAAUGUUUAGAGUCGAUGGCGUCUGGUUUAUACUCCGAGGUUUUCACGCUUCUGGUGUCCCUUAUUAACAGAGCUCUGAAGUCCAGUCAACAUUCUCUCUGUUCUCUGCUGAUCGUUGACACCCCCGGAUUCCAGAAUCCACGUCAGGUGAAGAACCAGCGCGGUGCCACGUUUGAGGAACUCUGUCAUAACUACACACAGGAACGUCUGCAGAUGCUUUUCCAGGAGAGGACUUUUGUACAAGAGCUGGAGCGUUAUAAAGAGGAAAACAUUGAGAUCACACUGGAUGACCUGGAGCCAAGUCCUUCUCGAUCGGUAGCUGUUGUUGAUCAAUCCUCUAGUCAAGCCCUGAUACGCACCAUAUCCCGGACAGAUGAGGCGAGAGGUCUGUUCUGGCUGAUGGAGGAGGAGGUUUUGCAGCCGGGAGGAUCAGAGGACACAUUCCUGAAAAGACUGUUCAGCUACUACGGCCCUGCAGAAGGGGAGAGCAAAGGUCACACAGUGCUUCUGAAGAGUGAAAACUCAAAUCACUUCCUGCUAGGCCACAGUCAUGGGACAGAUUGGAUAGAAUAUGACACGAGUGGUUGGCUAAACCUCGCCAAGCUUAAUCCCACACCUCAAAAUGCGGCCAGUCUACUGCAGAAUACCCAAAAGAAGAGCAUCAGUGCGAUGUUUGCGGGCCGCUCUAACAGCUCAGCGGUUCUAACCGGCUCCAUUGCUGGACUGGAGGGGGUCUCUCAGCUUGCCAUGCGUCGGGCAACCACCAUGAGGAAGACCUUUACUACAGGCAUGGCUGCUGUCAAGAAGAAAUCCCUCUGUCUUCAGAUUAAACUUCAAGUGGAUGCACUGGUGGAUACAGUACGAAGAUCCAGGGUCCACUUUGUGCAUUGUCUCUUACCCCAAGCAGAUGCCCUGCGGACCGCCGGAUCCCCGGAGACCUCUGGGGAAAGUGACCUUGGACUCAUGCAGUUGGAUGUGGCAUUACUCCGGAGUCAAAUUCGUGGCUUCAAACUGCUGGACAGCUUGAGGAUAUAUAGACAAGGUUACCCCGAUCACAUGGUCUUCUCUGAGUUCCGGCGACGCUUUGAUGUGUUGGCCCCUCACCUGACCAAGAAACUGGGCCGGAACUACAUCGUGAAGGACGAGAAACGAGCAGCAGAGGAACUUUUGGAGUCUCUGGAACUGGAGAAGAGCAGCUAUCACAUGGGCCUGAGCAGGGUGUUCUUCAGAGCUGGAACAGUGGCUAAACUUGAAGCUCAGAGAGAUGAACACACCAGACAGAACAUCACAUUGUUCCAGGCAGCCUGCAGGGGCUUCUUGUCCCGACAGGCCUUUAAAAAAAGAAAGAUCCAGGACAUGGCCAUCCGUUGCAUCCAGAAGAACAUUAAGAAGAACCGUGGCGUGAAGGGCUGGCCCUGGUGGAAGAUCUUCACCAACGUACGGCCUUUGGUGGAAGUUCAGCUCACGGAAGAACAGAUUCGAGGAAAGGAUGAGGAGAUCAUGCAUCUGAAAUUGAAGCUGGAAAAGGUGGAGAAGGAGAGAAAUGAGCUGCGACUGACCACAGAUCGGUUUGAGAGUAAAAUAACAGAGCUGACAGCAGAGCUGUCGGAUGAGAGGAACUCUGGAGAGUCAACAUCACAGCUGUUGGAGACGGAAACCAGCGAGAGAUUACGUCUCGAGAAGGACAUGAAGGAAAUGCAGGUGAAGUUUGACGCUGUGAAGAAACAGAUGGAAUCGCUGGACAUGGAGAUCAUGGAGGCCAGACUUCUCCGAGCAUCAGAACUCAACGGCGAGAUGGACGACUGUGAUGAUGAUUCUGGGGGUGAAUGGAGAUUGAAAUAUGAACGUGCUAUCAGAGACGCAGAAUUCACAAAGAAAAAACUCCAGCAGGAGGUGGAUGACAAGCUGGAGACGGAACAACAGAAUAAGAGACACUUGGAGAGAAAAUUAGCAGAUCUGCAGGCUGAUCAGGAGGAGACUCAUCGAUCAGUCCAGCAGCUGAAAAAGAAAUGCCAGCGGCUGGCAAAUGAACUUCAAGACACCAAACUGCACCUGGAAAAUCAAGAGGGACGCAACCAUGAACUAGAGAGAAAACAGAGAAUACCUGUUUGUCUUGUUUCCUGCAGGUUUGAUGUGGAGCAGAACCAUGUUCAUGAGGAACUACAGAGAGAGAAGAACCUGCGAGAGAAACUCAACAGAGAGCGAGACAUGCUGACCGGCGAGCUGUUUACAGUCAGACAACAGCUUCAGGAUAAGGACACCGAGUUGUGUGCGGUCAGACUAAAGGUAGAGCAGCUGGAAACGGAGAUCCAGGACCUCUCCUCACAAGAGACCAAAGACGAGGCCUCACUCUCAAAGGUUAAGAAACAACUCCGUGACUUGGAAGCAAAGGUCAAAGAUCAAGAGGAGGAGCUUGAUGAACAGGCUGGAACCAUUCAGAUGCUGGAGCAGACGAAGCUCCGUUUGGAAAUGGAGAUGGAACGAUUGAGACAAACGCAUUUAAAGGAGAUGGACAGUAAAGAUGAAGAGGUGGAGGAGAUCAGACUGUCCUGCAGCAAGAAGCUGAAGCAGAUGGAAGUGCAAUUGGAGGAAGAAUAUGAUGAUAAACAGAGAGUUCUGAAAGAAAAGAGAGAACUUGAGUCCAAACUGAUAGCGGCUCAGGAACAGGUCGGUCAAAAGGAUGUCGAGACUGAAAAGCGUCUCAGGAAAGAUCUGAAGCGCACAAAGGUUCUGCUGGCUGAUGCUCAGAUCAUGCUGGACCACCUGAAGAGCAACGUACCCAGCAAAAGAGAGAUCUCCACGCUCAAAAAUAAGUUGGAGGAAUCCGAGUUUGCCUGUGCGGCCGCUGUUAAAGCGCGCAAGUCCAUGGAGCUGGAGAUCGAAGACCUUCACAUUCAGAUGGAUGACAUCACCAAAGCCAAGAUGUCUCUGGAGGAGCAGGUGAGCCGCCUGCAGAGAGAGAAGAAUGACCUUCAGUCUCGCUUCGAGGAAGAUCAGGAGGACAUGAACGAACUGAUGAAGAAACACAAAGCUGGAGUUGCACAGUCUACCAGAGAUCUGGCACAGAUUAGUGACCUGCAAACACAGCUGGAGGAAGCCAUGAAGGAAAACCAAGAGAUCCAGGAAAAGCUUCACUCGCUGCAGUCACAGCUUGAUUUUCAAGAACAAUCCAUGGUGGAGAAAUCACUGGUUAGUCGACAAGAAGCCAAAAUCCGUGAGCUGGAGACCAAACUAGAAUACGAGAGGACCCAGACCAAACGUCUAGAGAGUCUGGUUACUCGUCUGAAGGAGAACCUGGAGAAGAUAACAGAGGAACGAGACCAGCGCAUCAACUGCGAGAACCGGGAGAAAGAGCAGAACAAGCGCAUGCAGCGUCAGAUCCGAGACAUAAAGGAGGAGAUGACCGAACUGUCCAAAAAGGAAACAGAAGCCAGCCGUAAAAAACAUGAGCUGCAAAUGGAUAUCGAAAGUCUUGAAGCAGCCAAUCAAAGCCUUCAAGCGGAUAUGAAGUUGGCCUUUAAGCGGAUUGGCGACCUUCAGGCCGCCAUGGAAGAUGAAAUGGAAACAGAAGACGAUGAGGAUCUCAUCAGCAGUUUGCAAGACAUGGUGACAAAGUAUCAGAAAAGAAAGAACAAAACUGGUGAUGACUCUGAUAUGGACUCAGAAGUGGAAGACCGGGUAGAUGGAAUAAAGUCCUUGCUCUCCAAGAGUAAGGGAUCCACAAAGACGGUCUUGGAUGAGGGCAGUCAGAAGACAAGCCACAUUUUGUAUAGAUCCCACACAUUGCAGGACGGAGCCGAUGCUGGAUUGGACAAAGAAGCAACACAGACUGAGAAGACGCUUAAUGAUGGGGAUGGUGAUGCCCGGCCUUCAGAAAGCGCAGCAUAGAUCUUAUCAUGCACUGAAAACGUGUUUACAUUUUCCCCGGUACUGACACUUUAGUCUGUUCAUAACUAACAAUGAGCGUUUUUCUGCUAGUCUUUAUGAAACAUCAUGUUUAUUCAUGAUUUCUGCAGCUUAUAUUUAUUUAGAUCUCAGUCUUCAUCAAAAACGCCUCCAAGAAAUGAAGUAAUAUAUUGUGAAAAAGGUCAUCUUUAUCUAAUAUGUAUGUUUAUUUUGUUUGAUUUUGAGACAUUUUGCCUUGAAUUUGCUUGAGUGAACGUGUAACGCUGUCUUGGUUUUAAAUUAAUGAAAUAGGCCAUUUAUCCUUCUCUGUUUUUCUCUUCAGACAUCUUAGAAGUUAAUUUAGCACUGGUUUACUAAAUGGCAGCAUGAAUACAUUUUAUUAUAUUGAGGGAUGCAUCAUGUUUUGGCCUUAAAUGACAUUUAAGUUAAGGCAGCAAUAAUUAAGUCAUACAUAUUUGAACUCUGCCAAAGUACAAUAUAUUAUUAAUGAGAGUCUAAUACUUUCUGACGUUUUGUUUGUGUGUGAGUGGCGUGUAUGUGUGGUAUGUUAUGUGUGUCCUCUCUUGGUUUUCUAUGCAUUAAAUGCGACUUUUAUUAUGGAAAUACCAUGCAGACAAGAUACUUUUAUCUGUGCAGUGGCUUAUGCAGUAACAAGAAUAUAUAAGAGCGAUAUAUACUGUAUAAAUGCAAGUUUUGCAUUGGUUUUAUUGUAAAUAAAACACAUUGACACGUUUUA